CACCGUGGACCAGAUUCCCAAUUCAAUCGAGGCAAACCAAAGCCUCCAACCAAACGCGUCUCGUUAGAGGAGGAGGAUCACAGUGUGGAUCGAGAGUCCGGUGAUCAAACUGGAUUGCGUCGUGAUUCCGCGGUCUCUGUGAUACAAAAGCAACAAGAAGAACAACCAGAACAACCCAAUCACCACUUGUUUAUAGACCCCAAAGUCCUGAACUCAGAUGCCGAUCGUGAUGCUCAACAGCCUCUCACAUCCGAUAUUCCCGGGGAAUCGGCCCCCUCGUCUGGCCGUACAUCGACACGCGUCUCACAAACGGCCGCGGCCUCGUCCGGAUUCGGUGCUAGAGCAGCUGCGUUAACAGGCCCUACAAGCACCGCAAUUGUUCCGUACGAUCAGUCUCGAUUGGCUAUUCAUAUCAGUACCGCAGAAGCGGAACAAUUCGCGGAAUAUUGGGACCACAGUGUUUUUGCCGCCGCUCGGGUUACCGCGGUUGGUUUGGCCACCGUGGCUACUGUUUGCCUGAUCUGUUCGGCCGGAGCUAGCACUUGGGUUUAUCAUGGUACAGGUCUAUACGGCAUCAGCAGUGAAUAG